GAUUCAAACCUUUUUCAACUAACAUUAUAGAGCCGAGACUCAAACCUUUUUGGCGAGCCGUGUAAUUCAACUUCGAUAAUUAAUAUCUCAAAAAUUAAGACGAAUUUAAUGAAACGCUUGCAAAUGAAUCAAUCAUUUUUCAACGUGGUAUUACUGUGUUUAACUGUCAAGGAAAAUGUUCCUACAAUUUUUGUGUCUUUUGAGGAGGACGAGCCUCUUGUUUGAAGGAACAAGUGCAACGGCGCGACUUUCAGCUUUUAUCGAUUUUUGUGAUCAUGGAAAGCAUGAUCAAUAACAAUGGUAUUAAAAAAGAACAACUGCGCUGUUUCGUUUGCGAGGCCGACGUUCAGGGACGCUAUUACUAUUUGGCGGCAUGCAAAACGCAAAGUUCGCGAUCGAAGGUGAUCGAGAAACUCGGCGAGCUGGUGGGCGAGAGAUACAUGGUCGUGAUAUCGGAGGACGACGUGAUCUGUCGCAGUUGCGCCAAUCACAUUAACACUCUCGACAGGCUCGAGACGGAAACACGCAACGUUCGGGAUCAUAUCUUACGAUUUCUAGAGCGAAAAUAUAGCCUGGAGGAGGGGGAACUUCUAGGCAACAGCGACAAACCGAGACCGAGUCAACCGCCGCAGAUUACAAAGAGCACCAGCGUGGAGAUUGUCGGUAGCUGCAUCAAUCGUAGCAGAGUUGACGCUAAAAUCUACAACAGAAAUCAGCAGCAACCGAAGCAUUCUCGCUCCCACCUGCAAUGCGACAAGUGUAAAUACACCACGCAUCUCAACUCAUUUAUGAUGUAUCACAUAAGGGAUCACUUGAAGCAGAAGAAAAUCCGUGAUAAAUAUGGAAUGCGUGUUCCUAAAGGGCAAGAGAGAAUGCUGCAUAAUUGUCGAACAGUCGUGGAAGAAGAAUCGGGAAGAAGUUACGAGAAAGAUAAUUUUAAGAUUAUCGGUGAUAAUUCUAUGGACUUGCUACUCUUUCCGAAGAUAACACGACAAAUUUUACCAGCUCAGACCUCAUCGCCAUUGAUAGGUGCACCAAGCUGUGAAUAUAUUUCCAAUAUAUUGUUGUCAGGUGGGAACGACAAACUCUCGCUCUGUGAUGAAUUACUGGGAGUGCAUUUUAAGCCGGGCAACCGUUUCUUUCGUAGGAGAUAACCUUCCUACGUCCUCCAAGCAGUAGACUCCCUCUUUUCAUCCAAUGAAAGUGGGUGACGUUGAAAUGGACAUCUCGAGUGAAAAGAUGAUGACGAGAAUAUCGGGGAAAACAUAAGAGAAAAUGCGAAACUGAAGCGAACUCCAAUCGGAUGAUGUUUUAAUACAUUGAAUUACAAAUGUUA